UGAACAGUUUUUACCUUGUCUGACACGGCUUGUGCUUUAUCAGAGUUUAUGUAAUCAGUUAUCUACGUCACAUUGCAUUGUAUAUUGUGCUGUUGACGUGUUGUUGCAGUUUGCAGCCAAUGCAGAGUUUUCUCCUGUGCCUGUGGCCUGUGCUUGGAUACUGGAUAGAUUUCAAACUCUUGAGGAUCUCGAAAUAUUGCAAAGGUCUUUAGCACUCUUUCAACAAUGGCAGAGGGUGGUGCUGAUGCGCCCAUGGACCUUUCGGUUGUAGAUAACAAAGACAAGAAACGCUUUGAAGUGAAGAAAUGGAACGCUGUUGCUCUAUGGGCAUGGGACAUCGUGGUGGACAACUGUGCCAUUUGCCGGAACCACAUUAUGGACUUAUGUAUUGAGUGCCAAGCCAACCAGGCAUCAGCUACCAGCGAGGAGUGUACGGUUGCAUGGGGCGUGUGUAAUCAUGCCUUUCACUUCCACUGUAUUUCGCGCUGGCUGAAGACCCGGCAAGUCUGCCCCUUGGACAACCGUGAAUGGGAGUUCCAGAAGUAUGGCCGUUGAUAUGCUUCACCGUAUUGGUGUAUGCCAGUGGUAGAUGCUCCGGACCUGAACUUUAAAGAGCUACCACUGUGCAUGCCGACGGGUCUUCGCUGCCGAAUGCAAUGGCCAGUGACAUACCGUACGUCCCUGGGUGGUGGUUGUGUUGCUGUUUUUUUCUUCUUUUCUCUCUUUCUUUACACUGACCUGUACAUACCUAUCUGUGGAUGUAUUGCGGCACCGGGUCCGUGUGUGUGUGCGUGCGUGUGUGUGUGUAGGUUUUAUGCAAUGUACAUUGCUGGUUUUCUUUCUUUCUUGUCGUAGUGCGUCCAUUAUGAUUUUUCCUUUGACGUCAUGUCUGUGCAUAGGUCACACGACUCUUGUGUCAUGAUACUGCUUCGCAUUUGGUGUGUAUAUUUCUGGCGUGCUGUUGAUUUGUUGCCAUCUGCUGCUUGUCCCAACGCCUACACAUUGAGUGUUCUCAUUUUUACACCAUAAUUUAGAGUUCUGCGCCCAUUUUAUCAGAUAUACGUCCAUGUCUUCUUGUAUUCUUAUUCUGUAUCCCAGUGUAUCUUAUGAGUCAUUCACAUUAGGGCUAGAUUGUUGUGUGCUUUGUGUCCCCUCCUUGUUUUCCUGGACUUAACCUUAGAAGUCACACUCGCUCUGUUUAAAAAUGCGUUGAGAGCAAACAUUGCUUUUUAUCCUGG